AGGAAGAUUUUGUUAUUGUUUUUGGUAAAGAUAGAGUUAAACAAGAUGGUCCCACAUAAAACAGCCCUCCCGCUCGGCAACCUGGAUUUGGAAUGUAGAGAAAGAAAGUGCAAUCGGCAAUCAAUCGAAAAUGAGUAGGGUUUGGUUUCUGCUAUUCCUUCUGCUGAUCUUCAAAUGCGAUCAAGUGUGGAGUUCCUAUGCCAUCAUCAACCCUUCCAAGGUCAAACAGAUUUCCUGGAAGCCAAGAGCUUUCGUUUACCAAGGUUUCCUCACGGAUUUGGAAUGCGACCACUUGAUCUCUAUAGCCAAAUCGGAGCUCAAGAGAUCUGCCGUAGCGGAUAAUCUCUCCGGAGAGAGCAAGCUAAGUGAUGUUCGAACAAGCUCUGGCAUGUUCAUUUCCAAGAACAAGGAUCCUAUUAUUUCUGGUAUUGAGGACAAGAUUUCAUCCUGGACCUUUCUUCCAAAAGAAAAUGGGGAAGAUAUACAAGUAUUGAGAUAUGAGCAUGGACAGAAAUAUGACCCACAUUAUGAUUACUUCACUGAUAAAGUUAUUGCUCGGGGUGGACACCGUGUCGCCACUGUUCUCAUGUAUCUCACUGAUGUAACCAAAGGCGGUGAAACAGUGUUCCCUUCUGCUGAGGAAUCUCCACGUCGCAGAGGUUCUGAAACAAGUAGUGAUCUCUCUGAAUGUGCCAAAAAAGGAAUAGCAGUAAAACCGCGUAGAGGGGACGCACUUCUUUUCUUCAGUCUUGACACAAAAGCUACCCCAGACACUAGCAGUCUCCAUGCAGGAUGCCCCGUAAUCGAAGGUGAGAAAUGGUCGGCAACAAAAUGGAUUCACGUAGACUCUUUUGAUAAGAAUGUGGAAACUGGAGGGGACUGCUCUGAUAAUCAUGUAAGCUGUGAGAGAUGGGCUUCCCUUGGAGAAUGCACUAACAAUCCCGAGUAUAUGAUUGGAUCUUCGGACCUUCCUGGCUACUGCAGGAAAAGCUGCAAGGCAUGUUAGAAAUUUUACUGAAUGCUUUCCAAGAUCCUACAAGGCAUUUCCAUGGUUUCAAAUUUCAAAAAUUGGUUCUUCAUUUCUUUUUUCCUGGAUUGUAAAGUAAUUCUAAAUUAUUAUAAUGGUUAGUCUUCCUUUCAAUCAGUAAUAGUAUUCUAUAAUCACAGCCUCAUUUCACGUGGAAGAA